AUGGCGCUCGGUAAAUUUUUGGAUUUGUUUUUUGGAAUUGAAGUAAAUAAUGAGUAAAAAAUUAUUUUUAUGCACGUUAUAGAGAGCUUUUACGGCAAAAAAUUUGUCUUUAGACGUUAUAGAGAGGCUUCAAAGUAAAAUUUUUUAUGACGUUAUAGAGGGGUUUUACAAAAAUUUUUAUAAAAAUUUUUUCUGCACGUUAUAGACAGGUUUUAUAGUAAAAAAUUAUUUUUGAAACGUUAUAGAGAGGUUUCAAGGUAAAAUUUAUUUUGACGUUAUAGAGGGGUUUUACGGUAAAAAUUAUUUUUAGGCAUUAUACCGAGGGUUUACGGUAAAAAUUAUUUGUUGGACGGUUUUACAAUAAAGGUUUUUUAUGACGUUAUCGAGAGAUUUUGCGAUAAAAAAUCACUUUUUGAGACGUUAUGCAGAGGUUUUGCAGAAAAAAAUUUUUUGACGUUAUAGAGAGGUCUUACAAUAAAAAGUUUUUUUUGGACGUUAUACAAAGGUUUUACAAUAAAAAAAAAUUUUUUUGUACGUUAUACAGAGGUUUUCCAGUAAAAAAAUUAUUUUUUGAAAAUUUCAAAAACCUCAAAAACCCCUUUUUUCAGCUCAUGGAAUUGCCGUUGUUCUUCACGAAACCUUACAAUUCGGUCUGUUUCUUGGAAGAUUUACCGGAAAUCUUUUGUACGGAACGGUUAGAGCGUUGAUCCCCUCAGGGGUUUUGCCCAGAAAAUGCGUUAGAGACAAGGUAUUCUUGAUUACUGGAAGUGCGAGCGGAAUUGGAAGACUCUGUGCAUUAAAGGUGAGUGAAAAAAAAUGAAAAAAAACCACAGUAAUGCUUGUAUAUUAUACAUAUAUUACAUGUAUGCAACAAAACCUUUGCAUAAUGACUUUGCUUUUUUUCUUGGUGGUUUGUUGUACAAAGGCUCUACUUUAUUCAAAUUCCCCACCUAUUUUUUAUCUCUUUUGUCUGUGCGCCAUGAUAGCUCAGUUGGGAGAGCGUUAGACUGAAGAUCUAAAGGUCGCCGGUUCGAUCCCGGCUCGUGGCAUUUUUUGAUUUUUUGUGUGUUUUUUGUGUUCAAAAAAAUUAUUUUUGAAUAAAAAAGAUAAUUAAAAUAUCUUCAAAGUGUCUAAGCUCUACAUUAACAUCAAAAAAAAUUUCCAAAAUUAGCAAAAAAUUGAAAAAAUUUAAAAAUUUUAUCAGAAAGUAGUCUAAAAUAAUGUAAAACUGCUAUAACAUCGCGCAAAAAACUCGAGGAGGCCUAAAAUUUCGCCUAGCGUGAGUUCAGACCUCCCUUUUAACCUAACAAAAAUGCUGGCGACAAACAAAAACUGCAUCCCUUUUUCUCAGCAAAUUUGUCCCCAGUCGGUAGGACCACGGAAGAAGUGCAUGUAUCUCAUCUGGUGCAUGAGUAAACCGAGGAAAACUUUGCCGUCAAACCAAGCAUUUCUUCCAUUCUCCUGGGGGAUACAGGACUUCCGGAUAUGACGGUGAAAUUGGCUGGAAAUAAAGAAUAUUACACUUGAUGACCAUGUAUAAUAUAAAUGCCGAAUUCAACGGGAAAUGAGACGAAUUCUAGACUUCUUACCCUCUCAACGAAAUUUUUAGUUCUUCUAGUUUCUGUGACGUUAAUAAGUGCGAAAUAUCUACUCUUUGUAGCUGUAUUUCCAAUUUUUUCAUUUUCGGCCAACCUUGAUUUUGCUGGAUGAGCCGGCAAAAUUUUCGAAUUUUCUGGGUUCCCAGACUUCCUUGGGCUCGUUCGCCUUUGUACAACCCCGUUCGAAGACGCUGGACCACUUGAACAACCAGAAAUUUCAUUAAAAUUAUAUUGUACUAGAUGAGCUGAUCUUUUCAGCGGAAUUUCCCGUGAAAUUCUGAAUCCUCUGCCAUUCGGAGGUACUGUAAACACACCAGUAGGCACUAUAGGCAUUGUACUUCCUUCAACCGGCUUUCUGAGUCUAAAAACUCCGCGUGGAUGGCGUCCCGGGACAAUGCCUCUUCUCUUUGGAGGUCCCGACAAAAUCUCGAUUUCUGGAGUUGACGCUGGCUGAAUUUUUGGGACUUCUUUGACUUCAUGAGUUGCUUUAGACUCCUUCUCAAUAGUUUCGAUUGUUUCGGCUGACAUGGUUGGGGUUUUUGGGCCGAAUUGAGCGGUUAUUUAAAUCGACAUCUAUCACUUUUCUUGUCACAACAACAUGGCUUUACAUGCUCUUUCAUUCUCUUCCACUAUUCAAAUUCCCCACCCAUUUUUUAUCGGUUUAGUUUGUGCGCCAUGAUAGCUCAGUUGGGAGAGCGUUAGACUGAAGAUCUAAAGGUCGCCGGUUCGAUCCCGGCUCGUGGCAUCUCUUUUUAAAAAAUUUUUUUGAUAAAACUUUCUAAACCUUACAAGGGAAGUCACUUAAAUCACGGAUCGAUUUUGUAAAACGACUGUUACAGCGAUAGGGAGGGUAGGAAGGAGAUAUCAAAUCUGAAAACCGCUACCUCCACCGGCCUCUGGGAGCCGAGAUAAUCGACCAAAAAGUUUGCCCAAAUUCCUCCGAACAUUUAUUCCUUCCGAAAGAAGAAAAGGCAGCGAACCGAAUGGUCCGGUGGUCUGGAAGCGCGCUUCCGGGCCUUCACCUUUUCAGGUUCGAAUCCGCACGGGUCUCGAACUUGCGAAAAAUUUAUGUUGCUGUGAUCCAGUAAAUUUACUAGCAAUUUAUUUUAUAUUUUAUGCUUAUUUUACGGUAAAUUUUCAACCUUGAAAAUCCAAAUCGUUUGGAACUCGCAUUCACAUUAUUACCCUGAAUUUAACCGUAAAAUACGCAAAAAAUCAAAAAUUUUACCUUACCGGUAAAUUUACUGGAUUACAUGAAAAGUUUAAUAAAUUAUUUGACCCAUGCGGAUUCGAACCUGAAAAGGUCAAGGCCCGGAAGCGCGCUUCCAGACCACCGGACUAUUCGGUUCUCUCCCCUACUUCUUUCGGAAGAGAGGACUAUUCGGAGCAACUUUUUUAGGUCAAACCUUUUUGGUCGAUUAUCUCGGCUCCCAGAGGCCGGUGGAGGUAGCGGUUUUCAGAUUUAAUAUCUCCGUCCUACCCUCCCCAUCGCUGUAACAGUCGUUUUUAAAAAUCGAUCCGUGACUUAAGUGACUUCCCUUGUUAGCCCCAACUUUCUAAAUAAAUAAAUACUUUUGUUUUCAGUUUGGUCAACUUGGCGCUGUCAUUGUUUUAUGGGACAUCAAUGAAACCGGGAAUACCGAAACUUUACGUCUUCUUACUGGAAUGGGAGUAAAAGUAAGUGGAAAACCCACCAAAAUAUUCAAGAUUAUGUUUGAAAACAGAGUUGAAUCUUUGUGCACCGAAACCUCUCUAUAACCAACAAAUCCUCUCUAUUGCGGACAAAACCUCUCUAUAACACACAAGGCCUCUCUAUAACCAAAAAAAUCUCUCCAUUCCAAACAAAACCUUUCUAUAACAAACAAAUCCUUUGUAUUGCGAACAAAACCUCUCUAUAACAAAAAGGGCUUUCUAUAACAAACAAAUCAUCUCUAUAACGAACCAACCCCUCUCUUACAAAAAACACCUCUUUACAACGUGUAAAACCUCUCUACAACAAACAAAAACUUCGCUAGAAAGAGAAAACCUUUCUAUAACAAACAAAUCCUCUCUAUAACAAAGAAAAACCCCCUUAUAUUAUAGCAAAAAAAAGCCAUAGGAAUUAAUUUCAGGCCUAAAUAAAGCACUUUUUAACAAAACCUGUCUAUAACGAACAAAUUUUUUUGGUAUCUGACGAUUCAUUAUACAGAGGUUAGACAGUAUUUGAAAGCAAAAAGCGCAAAAAAAAUCAUUUUUUUAUCCCAAAAAUUGCGUUUCCAGUCUGUCGGGAAAAUAAUGAGCACCCUGUCGCAUCGAAAAUCGCAUCGCCGCCGACAAAAUGAAUUGUGUCGCGGAGAAAUCAAAUUGCUUUUUAAUUUAGCGAUGAGAUCGGCGCAUGUGUUCAUUAUUUUCCCGACAGACUGAUAAAUAAAAUCUCAUUUUCAGGCCCGCGCUUACACAGUCGACUUGGCCGACAAAGAGCAAAUUUAUUCGACCGCCGAAAAAGUCAAAAAUGAACUAGGCGAUGUUUAUUUGGUCAUGAACAACGCUGGCGUUGUGUGCGGAAAAGACCUGGUCGAUCUGCCAGACAAGGCCAUGGAAUUGACGAUCGAUGUGAAUGUGAAGUCGCUGUUUUAUGUGAGUUGUUGGAUGAAGAUACUAGUCGCGGCAAAAAGUCCUUGGAAUUUUCUGCGACUCUGCACUGUGCAUGAACCCGAAAAGCGCUUUUGCACAGUGCAAUUUUGUUGAUUUUGGCUUAUUGUCGCGCGACAAAUCAACAUUUCGGGGGUGCGACGAGAUUUGGGGGCCGCGAAAAAUUCCAAGGACUUUUUGCCGCGGCUAGUAUCAAGCUUAUGUGUGAUGUCUUUUGCACCGACCAAAUUUUUUUUUAAAAGGAAUGUACUGACUUUAAAUCAACUUGCGCUGGAUUUUUCACUCCUAUCAGUCUGUCGGAAAAAUAACGGCGGAUCGUCGCGCCUCGGAAUCGCCCAUCAUCGCUUUGCGACUGCAAGCGAACUGCAAGGGAUUUGGUGCGCGAUAGCGGCGAGGUGAGACAUUUUGCUGCGACGAUCCGCCGUUAUUUUCCCGACAGAAUGAUAAAAGCCUAAAAUGGGCAGCUAAUACUAGGUCGUUCGUAAAGUGGCUGGAAUGUUUUCGGCGAUAUGCACUCUGCGAAAACGAAAGUUCACUUUGCACUGUGCAAUCUCUCGCCUUUUGCACAGUGCAAUAGGCUUUUUUCGGCUGUCGCUCGCACCCUGACGUUUUUCUCACAGUGCAUGUCGCCAAUUUCGGUCCGGCGACUUUCUGGACGGACUAUUAUUUACAUAUAUCCUCGAUCAGCGUGACCACGCGAAUUUUUUGAGGUAUGUCUCGUCGAAAAUUAGGAGCCCCAAUAAAAGUGCUUUUUUUAUCUUUCCGCACUGUGCAGUUGACCCUUUGCAGUGGGCGCUGCAAAAAAAGUCUGCGUACUUUUGAAAAGGCGUAGUAUGCCAAAUAUCCAUACACUUUAUGAAAAUACUAAUAACGGUCUGUCGGGAACAUAAUGAGCACAAUGUCGCUGCCCCAAUCGCAUCGCUGAAAUGAAAAGCAAUUUGAUUUUCUCCGCGACACAAUUCGUUUGCACGGCGGUAAUGUGAUUUUUGAUGUUCGAGUGCUCAUUAUUUUCCCGACAGACUGAUAACUUCUAUUUACCUUUCUAAAUCCUCCUUUUUCCAGGUGACCAAAGCGUUUCUUCCCAGAAUGCUCGAGAAAGACGAAGGCCACAUCGUGACUAUGGCCAGCAUUGCUGGUCACGCCGGUCUGAUUGGGCUCACGGAUUAUUGUGCCAGCAAACAUGCGGCUGUUGGGUUUAUGGCCGCGCUAUAUCGAGAACUUUAUAAUAUUGGGUCCAAUGUGCAGACAACAACAGUAUCACCGUACUAUAUUAACACUGGAAUGUUUGAUGGCGUCACAGAGUCGAAGUAGGUUCUUGGACCACCUCUUUAUGACUUAUGAUGAUGUGGUCCAAGUGUAACGGCUGAAAAAUUUGGGAUUUUGAGAAAAAUGGGGCCUAAAAUUUACUAUGGUUUUUUGAAGCGAGUGUUAGUACUACCCGGGAGAAAUUGCCGCGGAAAAUGCGGAAAAUCAAUGAAAAAUGUACGCUGGGGAUCUGAUUUUUGCAGUGGCAAAAAACGUACCAUUUUGCGUCCGGGAAGUAUCAAGAAAUGUGGCAAAAUGCCUCCCUCUCCAACUGAAAAAAACUCCGGUUUCAAAAGCGCGCCCGGUCUUUUUGUAGGGGAGCCCUUCAAGACGGAGUUUUUUUUAGUUGGAGAGGGAGGCAUUUUGCCACACUUUUUGAUACCUCCCGGAUGCAAAAUGGUGGUGUUUUGCCACUGGAUCAGGUCGGCCACUGUAUACUUGCCAAAACGUAAUUUUUUUUGAUUUUUUCUUGUAUUGUCAAUUAUUUCUGUAAAGCGGCGACACUGCUGAGAAGCAAAAGGUCAAAUGCACCCCGCAAAAAGGAGUUUUGUGCACGGUGCGGACCACGGCAAAAAGUCUCCGCACUUUUUAAGAUUUUUUUUAGUAUUGUAUGACUACAGUGACCUGAUCCAAUGGCGAAAAACGUCUCUUUUUGCAUCCCGGAAGGGGCCAGAAUGACUCCAAACCCUUCCCUUCUAUAAGCUAAAAAACUCCGCUUUGAAAAGCGGGCCCUUUCCUUCAAGGUUUGGAGACAUUUUGGUCCCUUCCGGGAUGCAAAAUGAGACGUUUUUUGCCAUUGGAUCCGAUCUCACACUGUAUUUUUUUGCUUUCCAAAAUGUUCAAACAGCAUUAUUGAUCUUCUUUCUUCAGGCUCUUCCCAGUCUGUCCGAUUCUGCAGCCCGAGUAUGUUGCGGACCGAAUUGUUGACGCCGUCUUGACGAAUACACCUCAUUUGAUUCUCCCACGGUUCCUGUACAUCAUCAAAUUCGUGGGCACUUUUCUCCCGCAAUCUUGUACGGAUGCCAUCUACGAUUAUACGAAUACGGACAGGACAAUGUUGACGUUCAAAGGGCGAAUCGAGGAGAUUGCAAAAUCUCCUUGA